GUUUAUUACUGCUCUGCAGAUGCCUCCAGAUCGGAGUCCAGAAGAUCAUAUGGACUGUUAACGUCUGGAAGACCCUUCAUCAGACUUGCUGAGUCUACCUGAGAUCAUUCUUUCUGCAGCUGCAGGAAAAACUAUGACGUCUGGAAUGGACCCUAAGCGCUAUUACUAGAGACAAUGGGGACCACUGUAGUCUGCUUGCGUUACUUGGAAACACAGUGACUGCACUGGGGAAAGUGGAUGGAAAUUAUCCUUCAUUACUUCUGGACAGCAAAUAAAUUGAGACGAUGAAGCUGCCAAAUUUCCACAUGUUUAGCUCUUGCUAACUCCAUUCUCCAUAAAGAAGUUUCUGCUUAUGGUCCUCCAUGGUUGACGUUUACCAGCUUGAUUUGAAGUAGUAGUUUCUGUACUGUUUACAAUGAAGAACAGCUCGGGCACCAUGCUGGACCUCAGCUUCUUGACGGAUGAGGAGUAUGAGAAGCUCAUGAAUGUUCUGCAGAGAGAUGCUGAGCUACAGAAGAAAGACGGCGACCGCAUCAGACGUCUUCAGGGAUCAUUGAAAGAUGAAAAAAAGAAAAAAUUUGUGACCGGGGAGUGGUUUCAUGAUGUCAAGUUUCGACGUUUCAAGGAAGACUUACAAGGCUCUGAAUUACUUAGAGCAUCAAUUCGGAAGAAGCGGAAUCUAAAUCAAAGCGUAAAGAAUGGAAAAGGAGAUGGUUUCAAAGAAGCAAUACACAAUCUAUCCACACACGGGGAGCUUGACUCUCAGGGACAGCAAAGCCCUGUUGAUGGUAUUUAUGAUAGGACUGCCAGUGUGCCUCAGCUGCACAUAGAUCCAUCUGUAGAGCCUGAAGCAUCCAGUUACAAUUCACCAGAAAAGAGGAGCCUCAAUGGCAAUAAACCAGUAGACCGUGUAACUAAUGAAGGCUUAUCUCCGUCUUCUGAGACUAGAAGCUUUCCUGAACGAGGAGAACACGGAAGUAUUCUGCAAGAGAGCAGCGCACCAAAUAAGAAUUUAAUAUCAAGACCUGUUCCUCUUGCUAGAAAAUUAUCUUCUCCUGAGAAAAGUCCAAACGAAGAAAGUGGUAGUCCUAGUAAGAUACCAGUCAAAAGGAAAACAAGUAGGGAAGCAUCAAAGACUGACAUUUCACCACAAUCGGAUCAUUCAAGCAUCACUUUCAAGAAGACAGAAACAUUGGCACAGUCCGGAUUAUCCUCUCCAGAGACAGAGCAGCCGAAAAAUGUCAAAACCAAUGCAAACUUUGAAGUCCAUUCAAUGAAAGAGAUGCAAGGAGAGCAAGAUUCCAUUCUAGACAAAGACCAGUUUAUAUCUCUAAGAAAAUUUUGGGAAAAGGGAGCAGGGAAUUCAGGGAAUGCAAGUCAGGGCCAUUUAAAGCAAGAAGCAGAAGAUGCAGUGAAUUUAGAUGAGUCUCCUGCAAAGCCUAACCACUCAGUUACUAUACAAUACACCACAAAAGUUAAUAGCGAGGAGAGAUCUCUACCAGAGUAUACACAUCGACUGAAGUAUUUCUCACAAAGACCUCAAGUGGUAUCCUCCAGUGAAGAUGAAAUGGUCCAUGUGGUUCCACAUCGAAAAACCCCAUCCUCUUCAAUACCAAGAUCAACUUAUGCUAAAAGCAAGGGUUCAUCAAAUUCAAGAAGUAUGUCUGUAUCAGAAAGCAAUGGGACCACCUCACACAGUGAGGACAACAGUGGCGUUAACCGAUCUUCUAAGAAAUCAAAGCUUCCAGUUAGAGCUUCUUCAGUUGUCAAGGAGACUAAAGGUGAUCCUACUUCUUCUCCCAAAGACAAGCUACCUGUCGUUUCUGUGCCAGAGAUAACAGACUCUGUGGAGGAAAUCAUUGUCCCACAAAGCAAACCAAAAGUAGCAGAGUCACUUUAUAGCAAGGUUCAGAUUUUAAUUGAUACUGUGUCCUCUGAUGAAGAACAGGGAGGGACAGAUAAAAAACCCAAGAGUGAAGACAAGACAGGACAUUCACCACUGGAAAGUGAAAACGGCCGGAGUUCUGAAGAUUACCCUGAGGAUGUGGCUGCAUCAAAGUCUAAUAAUGUUAGCAAUGCAAGAAGCAUGGUGAAUAUUUAUACAACCACGGAAACAUAUAACAAGCCGAACACGUUAAGUCACCAGCUUCUGGAGCCGGAACGCGCUAAAGAGCUGAGCAGAUCCACUCCUGCCCUGCAUUCAGAGACUGAAUCUGACACUGCCUCUGAAAUCAGCUUCAACAUUAGGAAACACAGAAAGACCCUUAGCGGUGGCAGCAACUCCUCUGAUAUGGCAUCAGUAUCUUCCGUCAGUAACAGUGUCCUCAGUGUGUACAGCGGUGAUUUUGGAAGUGUGGACGCACAAGGAACUGUUCAGUUUUCUCUGGAUUAUGAUGAGAAGAACCGUGAGUUCCAGAUAUACGUGGCUCAGUGCAGGGACCUGGCUGUGGUGGAUGAGAAGAAAGGACGAUCAGACCCGUAUGUCAAGACUUACUUACUGCCGGAUAAGGCAAGGAUGGGGAAGAGGAAGACGUCGGUCAAAAGAAAGACGACAAAUCCAAUUUACAAUGAAGUCUUAAGGUACAAAAUUGAAAAAAUGGUGUUGCUGAUCCAGAAACUCAACCUUUCUGUGUGGCACAAUGACCCACUUGGCAGGAACAGCUUCCUCGGAGAGCUAGAGAUUGAUCUGACUAGCUGGGAUUGGAGUAAUACAAAGCCUAACUGGUAUACCUUAAAACCACGGAGUCUAUCUGCAAUGAAUGGUGUGGAUCAUCUUGGAGUGAUGAAUUUGUCAAUUAGGUAUAUCCCUCCAGGAAGCCUUGGUCCAAAGCAUCCAGCCUCAGGAGAAGUUCAUAUUUGGGUGAAAGAUACUAAAGACUUACCACAACUUCGACCUUCUGGGGUUGACUCAUUUGUAAAGUGCUAUGUAUUACCGGAUACCAGCAAGAAGAGUUACCAAAAGACACGCGUCAUUAAGAAGGAUCCAAACCCAGUAUUCAACCACACCAUUGUCUAUGAUGGCUUCCACACUGAAGACUUAAAAGAUGCAUGUGUCGAGUUGACCGUCUGGGAUCAUGAAAAACUCAGCAAUCAUUUCCUUGGGGGAAUAAGACUUGGACUUGGUACAGGUUACAGUUAUGGGAUUGUUGUGGACUGGAUGGACUCUACCCAGGAAGAGGUGGCCUUAUGGCAGGAAAUGAUGAUGACUCCAAAUGAGUGGAUUGAAGGAUCCCUCCCUUUAAGAUCCUUGGCUGGGAGAAGGAAGUUCAAAUAGACUUGCUGUUUGCAAACACAUCAUGGUACUCAUAAAAUAUAGAACUCAAUAUAUCUAUUAUUUUUUUGGGGGGGUGAGUGUUUUUAUUUUCAAAAUCUACAUUAAGUGUAGAGAAUACAACACAUUUAGGAUUUUUUCCUGGUACAAGUCUGUUUUCUCAGUUUCUAAAAAGUUUUUCUGUUUGUGACUAUAAUCUUAAAAACAAUGACCUGCACAAGGGUUACUUCUUUCUUAAUGCCAAAGCACUUUAUUUUGGAUCUACUUUAAUGACUACCAUGGAACUCCCUUGGAGGGGAAUAUUUGGCAAAACCUUCACUUUUUUUUAUACCUUCUCAAGAAGACAGGUUACAGCAAUGUUUGUGAUUUGCUUAAGUAGCAGAACAUUUUGAACAUUUCAGUGUGCCAAAAGAGUUGAAAGCCUUUGUACACCACAGAUGUGAAGGUCUCAGUUGAAGUCUUAAAUGAUCGCCUGAAGAACUUGGUUUCAGUCAAUGGAGUCAUGGUACUGUGGCAGAGGACGGACAAGAAAGGGGGGAAAAAAAGACGUAGCAAACAAUAAAAUAGCAUAAAAUCAUACAUGGAGCAAGCAAAUAAAUGGAAUAAUUUGAAUUUUCCUAAUCACUGCCAUGUCUGAGGAGAUAUAUGGUUAUGUUGCGGGUUGAAAAAAAAAGGCUUUUUUCUGUUUUGUGUAAAUCAAAGGUAUGGAUCUAAGUGCUUCAGUGUUGCACUUUACAUUGGGAAAUAUGGUAAAAAAUAAAGUAAUUGUACUUGUGUUUUUUAUAUUAUGCAGCCGCUGUUUUGUAUAAUAUGCUAGGGGUAUUAAAAGGGUAUUCCCUUCUGGGACAUUGAUGGCAUAUCACUAGGAUAUCGUGUCAGAUCAGUGUGGGUCUCACCUCAGGUCCCCGCUCUUAUCUCCAGAAUGGGGUCCCCGAAGUGAAGGGAGAGCACAUCGUGCACGCUUGGUUGCCGUCCUUUACAGCUAUGGCUCGCUGGCUCUGCUAUUUCCGGCAGUCCUAUAUUAGUGAAUGGAGAGCUGGCCAUGCUUGCACAGUAUGUGCUCUAUUCACUUCUAUCAGACUUUCAAUAAAAUAACCAGUUGUGCUUGCUUUGCUAAUUUCGGAAUUCCAAUAGCAGUGAAUAGUGUACAAGCCGUACAUGCAAUGCAAUUUCUAGAAU